UGGUCGUGUAGACGUGCGCGCGUAUUCAUAAUUUAAAUUUCGAACGCGUUCUCUUCUACAUUCGAAUUUGACGUUACUAAAAAAAAUAGUGAUUGUGAUAAAUUAUAUUAUUAAUGUUUUUUAUGUAAAAUUAUAUUUGAGAAAAUAUUUUUUGAUAAAAUGGCGGCAGUGAGGUUUUCGGUGCUAGUUUUGCUUUUGAUCCAGCAAGUUUUCGCAGUUUACCGCGAUUGUUCGGAUUUUGAUAGUUUAAAAAAUUGCAAUGAAUGCAUCCGAUGCGGGGGACACUGGUGCAACGAUCCGAAUGAGGAGCAACGCUGCACCAUGAUGCGUUACGAUAAUUGGUGUACAGGGAAACAAGAAAAAUUAAAGUUCUUAACUAACGUCGAUGAAGAUGGAACAUUCGUCCAGCCGAAAUAUCGAGUUAGGACGCUCACAAUUGGAAUGGACGAUCGAUUUGACAUCAGCUACCCAUCCAAGUCUAAGGAACCGAAGGUUGAGAUAGUCGUCAAUACGACUCAGACAUCAAACUUCCAAGUUUCAAAUAAGACCAGCUGCUACGAUUCAACCUGCACCACUACCAUCAAAGCAAACCCAGAAACAAACUUCUGCGCCGCUAACGGUGGCAUAUCCGAAUACUUCCACGUCAAGCUGUCAGUCGAAGGUAUUAAAGAAGAGGCAGUGACGAAGUUCCAUGUGCCCUGCGCGUGCGCAUGUAGUGCGAAAGUGGAGGAGAGGUCGCCGGUAUGCAAUGGAAGGGGCAGUUUGUCAUGUGGAGUCUGCACUUGUAAUGAAGGAUGGAAAGGAGCAUUCUGUGAAACACCAAUUUGCGAAGUGAAGCGUGGAGAUGUUCCCUGCACGGACUCGAGUAGAGAUAACAUCGAGUGUUCGGGGAAUGGUGUGUGCGGUCCCUGCGACAAGUGCGAAUGUUUCACCGACAGAGAGGGUUCCCGAUACUUCGACAAGGAUAACUACUGCGCCGACAUUUGCAUGACGAUUAACGAUUGUGACGACUGCUUCCUAAACCCAAUCCCUGGCAGGUGUCAGACGUGUCACUUUGCGUUGUUCAGACAGAACUACAAUGAAACGUUAAUGACACAAAAGGACGACUUCAAUAGGCACAUGUGGGUCAGAUGCAACGGUACUAUUAACGAGUGUAACUACGAGUACGCGGCGAUGAGAGAUGAAAACGAUGAAACCUUCUACAUGGUCACCAAGUCAUGCGAUCCCGUGCAGGAGCGGCGAGCUGGUGCCGUCAGUCUGACCCUGCCGAUAGUCCUCGGAGUUAUCGCCCUGGUUGUAGCGGCAGCAGCCACUGUUGGUUACAUGAUGUGGAAGAACCGUCCCCCACCCGUUCCCAUGGCCGACCCCAUGUACCAGAACAUCGACGCUGAGGACUGCACCGGAGAGAACCCACUAUACAAGCCACCCACGUCUUCCUUUAAGAACCCUACGUACGGCAAGUGGUAGUCAGAUGUUACCUGAAUCAUCGUGAACCUUGAGACCAUGGGGUCAACGGGACGAAGGGGACACAAAUCGGCCCCGAUGUCCCGUUUCGCUACCCAUUCCAACACUGCCUGUGAUCAACACGGUAUGAUGAAGAAAUUGGAUUCGUCCGGUGUCAGCGUCGCAAUCUAACUAUAUGUAUAUCUUUAUAGUAAUAGUGCGUUUUAUGUAAUGCCUCUGUGAUAUUUAAGAUGAUUAAGUAAUAAGUGUUAUAAGUUUUGAUGACUCACGCGCUAUCGUGUGUUUUGAUUAGUAAUCUCGCGGUUGACGCACGGCAGAAUAAGGAGUGUGACCUUAAGUUUUCACACCUGCCGUGGUACAAGAAAUAUAUAUAGCUUUUGUAGAUAAGUAGGGCCUAAAUUAUUUAUCGACUUCUGUGAAUGUAGAGACGUUUACAAAUGACUUCAUUUUAUCCGUUAUCUCAUGUUCUUUAAGUGUGUACUCGAACAUGUAAUGGAAAAUGUUUUUGGCCAUUUAAAUUGAUCUCAUUAAAUUCCGUUUGAAAUAUUAAAAAAAGUAAAAAAUAUUGCAGAGUCGAUAAAUAUAGAACUGAUACUGUGCGUUGUAUUAAUUUAUCGUAGAACUCAUCAACCAUUUUGAUAUUAUUAAAAAUUCAAAAAUAUUCAUUUUUGUAGUCAAUUGAAAAUUAACUGCCAAUAUAGAUCUUACUUCCCAAGUGAAAGUACAAGGAAAGUAGGAUAUUGUACUGAUUUUUACAUGUAAUGCCCGUGGGUGUGAUACACAUCUCGUGGGCAGAAUCUCUGCUCCAACGGAACUGCGUCGAGUUGACUAACGGGUUUUGUUCGAACUCUGACACAUUCAAACAACUCGUUUAUAAUCACACAAUUUCUAAUCGAAAAUUCAUAUCAUCUUGUGUUUCGUGAAUUCAAUAAAAACCCAGCAUAGCAUUAUUAAAAUAUUUUUAACGACUUAUAAUUUAGUCACACAGUUAAAAUUAUUUUAAUUGAUUUCAAAUAUCCUUUUACAUCAAUUUUAAUCAAAAAAACGUUUUUUUUUUUGUUAUAAUAUUUAAUGUCAAAACAUUUAAAUAUGAUCUUGACAAUGAUUACUAGCAACAAUUAUUAUAAACUGUAAAACAAUAAACAAACAUCGACGUCUACAAUUCAUUUCAAUUAUUUUGUAAUUGACCGUAAACAAAUAUGAUAGGGCUUAAGAUUGGUUUUAAUUUUAUUACGAAUAUUUAUUUUUAUCGCUUUUUUUAAAGUUCCUAUAAAGGAUAUCUAUAUAAUAUGACGAAUACCUUUUAAUUUGAAAUAAAAAACAAACGAGUCUAUGUUUCAUAUGCUAAUUUAAUUUUAAGGUAAUAUAAUACACAUUCUGUUAUGUCAUUCCAUAUAUAUAAUAUGAUAACUCAUAAUAAUAAUAAAAAAGCAAGAACAAUUCUUGAUUUUCUUAUACGAUUUCAAUAUGGUCAUAAUAUUUUCAUACGGUAAGAUCGCCAGCAUCAAAUAAAGAUAAGCCUAAUAAUGACAGAAUCAAUUCUAAAAUGUAAUUAGUUAAUUACCUACUAACUAGUUGUCUUUUGAUUACAAUAAGUAUAAGUAAGGUUUGUAAGUGUUUGUAUAAAGUAGGUUACGACUGCAUUGUACUUGAUAAUGUUAUUUGUAAAUAUAUCAAUAACCCCAUUCUUUAUACUUAAUUUAGUAAAUAUUUAUAGAAUUGUUAUACUUAGUUUUGUGCCUAAUGUGACUAACUUUAAUUGAUCAUGUUUGAAAUUUAAUUUAUUAUUGAAACAUAAUAAACAAAAACAAAUGAAACUGUGUAUUGGGACUGACCUUUUAUGUCAAUACUAUUUUUACUAUAUAUAAUUUAAAGAUUUCUGUGGAAAAUAAUAUACUUAAUGAUAAUGUUGAAUAUAAAGAAUUGUUUACUUUUGUACCCGGAAAGUAUUAUGUAAAACUAAACAGAUAAUAAAUUUUCAAAGACGA